AUGUCUCCAUCAGCAGAUACAGCUGCUGCGCAAUGGCUUGAGCAAUUAGCGGCCAUGCGCGCUGCUAUUGCAGAUUUGAAACUACCUCAAACGAACGGCGAUGCCACCAAGACUCCAGAUCUCGACGUGGACGAGGAUGACCUUUCUGCGUUUUCCGGAAGCGACGAUAUAUGGGACUUGAUCAGUGACGAGGAUGAUGAUGGCUUCAGUGAAGAGAGUGCGGAAGUUCCAGCUGCGAUUGCUGCACAGGCAAAAGAAGGCUCAAGAGACUGGUUGAAAGAGAAGUGUCAGAUUGUGGCAAGCAAAGGCAGCGCACUGGAUGCCAGCGCUCUGGAAGAACAAAUCACGGCAGUUUUGGCGAGCGACAGCAGUGAUGUGGAACUCCAGAUGACCCUGGCAGAUAUACUUGGCUUCGAAGAGCUCGAUCUUGUAGGAGACGUAAUCAGGUAUCGCAAAGACAUCCUUUCUUCGCCCGCUAGCCGUGCGCCUGCUCCUUCUGGUAUCCUCUCCAAGGCUGAAAGAGAGGCUCGCCUUCGCCAGGCCGACUUGGACCAUAAAAACGCAACUCUUGGCCCCGCUCAGAAUCGCAACCAGGCAGAGUACCCACAUAUAUACCGUGCUCACGGAGCCGGAAACACACUUUCCUCCCAUGGCUCCAAAUACACUCUCCCAGUCGGUAGCGAGCGCCUCGAACGAGAAAAGUACGAAGAGUAUGCGAUUCCAGCCGCUGCCGUGGACGUACGCGCAAAGCACCAGAAGCUUGUUCAGAUCAAAGACAUGGAUGGACUCUGUCAGCGCACAUUCAAGGGCUACAAGAGCCUGAACCGCAUGCAAAGCUUGGUAUAUCCAGUAGCCUAUAGCACCAGCGAGAACAUGCUCAUCUGUGCUCCAACUGGUGCUGGUAAGACGGAUGCUGCGAUGCUCACCAUCCUCAAUACUGUGGCGAAGAACAUCCAUCCGAAUCCUAUCGAAGAACCCGAUGCUACGGACUUCGCCGUUCAUACAGAAGAUUUCAAGAUUGUGUAUGUGGCUCCGAUGAAGGCACUUGCUGCUGAGAUUACAGAGAAGCUGGGCAAGCGACUCGCAUGGCUGGGCAUCCAAGUCCGUGAAUUGACUGGAGAUAUGCAACUUACCAAGGCCGAGAUCGUACAGACUCAGAUCAUUGUUACGACGCCGGAGAAAUGGGAUGUCGUCACUCGCAAGUCUACUGGAGACACAGAACUUGUGCAGAAAGUUCGCUUGCUCAUCAUUGAUGAAGUUCACAUGCUUCACGAUGAGAGAGGUGCUGUUCUCGAAUCCUUGGUUGCGCGGACUGAGCGGCAGGUCGAGAGUACUCAAUCUUUGAUUCGCAUUGUUGGCUUGAGCGCUACGCUUCCAAACUACGUGGAUGUGGCAGACUUCCUGAAAGUCAACAGGAUGGCUGGACUAUUCUUCUUCGAUCAGUCGUUCCGUCCGGUGCCACUUGAACAGCACUUCAUUGGCGUCAAAGGCAAGCCAGGCACCAAGGGAAGCCGUGAAAACAUUGACAACACAGCUUUCGAGAAGGUCAAGGAUAUGCUUGAGCUGGGUCACCAAGUCAUGGUUUUCGUGCACAGCCGUAAAGACACUGUCAAGACCGCGAGGCAGUUGUAUGAAAUGGCGACUGAGCAGGGAGUGUCGGACCUCCUGGACCCCACUUCACACGAGGGCUACACGCAAGCACUAAAAGACGUCAAACAGUCAAAGGGACGAGAGAUCCGCGAGCUGGUAGCCAAGGGCAUGGGUACUCACCACGCAGGCAUGCCCCGUACAGACCGCAAUCUGAUCGAGCGCCUCUUCGGUGAAGGCGUACUGAAAGUGCUAUGCUGUACUGCAACGCUGGCAUGGGGUGUGAAUUUACCUGCUGCAGCCGUCAUCAUCAAAGGGACCCAGCUUUACAGUGCUGAAGCUGGUAAAUUCGUUGACUUGGGAAUUUUGGAUGUCCUUCAGAUCUUUGGUCGUGCUGGACGUCCACAAUUCCAGGAUACCGGUAUUGGCAUGAUCAUCACGACCCACGAUAAGCUACAGCACUUCCUCACCGCGGUCACUCAGCAGCAACCGAUCGAAUCGCAGUUCAGCAAGAAGAUGGUGGACAAUCUCAACGCUGAGAUCGCUCUCGGUACGGUGACCAGCGUGCCUGAGGCUGUCACUUGGCUGGGAUACUCCUACCUGUUUGUGAGGAUGAAGCGAAAUCCCAUUGCGUAUGGUAUCGAGUGGUCUGAGAUCCACAACGACCCGAACCUGGUACAACGAAGACGUGAUCUCAUUGUGCGAGCGGCGAGGGUACUGCAGACCAGCCAGAUGAUCAUCUUCAACGAAACGACAGAGGAACUACGAGCGAAGGACGUUGGCCGUAUUGCCAGUCAGUUCUACGUGCUACAGACCAGCAUUGAGAUCUUCAACACUAUGAUGCGACCACGAGCGACUGAGGCAGACGUGCUCAAGAUGAUCAGCAUGAGCGGAGAGUUUGACAACAUCACCAGUCGUGAGACUGAAGAGAAGGAACUUAUGCGAUUAAAGGAAGAGGCUGCGCCUUGCGAUAUCGAAGGCGGAAUUGGCACGCAACAGGGAAAGACGAAUGUCUUGUUGCAAUCCUACAUCAGCAAGGCGAAUUUGGAAGACUUCACUCUCGUAUCGGACACUGCGUACGUUGCCCAGAACGCAGCACGAAUCUGUCGUGCUCUCUUCAUGAUUGCGCUUAACAGGCGCUGGGGCUAUCAAUGCCUGGUACUGCUCAGCAUGUGCAAGAGUAUUGAGAAACGAGUCUGGCCUUACAAGCAUCCCUUCCACCAGUUUGAGCUUCCUCAGGCUGUGCUUCGAAACUUGGACGAGAAGGGCGGGACUGCUUCGAUCGAGUCGCUCCGAGACAUGGAAGAAGCUGAGAUUGGCAGCCUUGUGCACAAUCAGAAGGCCGGUAACACAAUUGGCAAGCUCCUCGACAACUUCCCAACAGUCGCUGUCGACGCUGAGAUCGCUCCACUCAACCGCGAUGUCCUUCGUGUCAAGCUGUACAUCACGCCAGAGUUCAGGUGGAACGACCGCCAUCAUGGUAAGAGUGAGAGCUAUUGGAUCUGGGUGGAAAACUCAGAGACCAGCGAGAUCUACCAUCAUGAGUACUUCAUCCUGAGCCGGAAGAAGCUCUACGAUGACCAUGAGCUCAACUUUACCAUCCCCUUGUCGGAUCCUCUACCGAGUCAGAUCUAUGUCCGGGCUGUCAGUGACAGGUGGCUUGGAGCAGAGACUGUCACGCCUGUCUCGUUCCAGCACCUGAUCCGGCCAGACACGGAGAGCGUCUACACAGAUCUGCUCAACCUGCAACCGCUGCCGAUCAAGGCCCUCAAGAAUCCACUGCUCGAGGAGAUCUAUGGUCAGAGGUUCCAAUUCUUCAACCCGAUGCAGACGCAACUGUUCCAUUGCAUGUACUACACUUCGGCGAAUGUCCUCCUCGGUUCGCCCACAGGAUCUGGCAAGACCAUCGCCGCAGAACUUGCGAUGUGGUGGGCCUUCCGCGAGAAGCCUGGAAGCAAAGUCGUCUACAUUGCACCCAUGAAAGCGCUCGUUCGUGAGCGAGUACAAGACUGGAGCAAGCGUUUGACCAGACAGAUGGGCUUGAAGCUUGUCGAGUUGACGGGAGACAAUACUCCAGAUACUAGGACAAUCCGUGAUGCGGACAUCAUCGUUACAACACCCGAGAAGUGGGACGGUAUCAGUCGUAGCUGGCAGACGAGAAGCUACGUUCAGCAAGUCAGCCUGGUCAUCAUCGAUGAGAUUCACCUACUCGGUGGAGAUCGUGGUCCCAUUCUGGAGAUCAUUGUCAGCCGUAUGAACUACAUCGCUUCCCAGAAGAAGGGUUCAGUACGAUUGGUCGGUAUGUCGACCGCUUGCGCCAACGCGAUGGAUCUGGCAAAUUGGCUCGGUGUGAAAGAAGGUCUCUUCAACUUCCGGCACUCGGUCCGUCCUGUGCCUUUGGAGAUCUACAUUGAUGGCUUCCCUGAGCAGCGUGGAUUCUGUCCACUGAUGCAGAGCAUGAAUAGGCCGACCUUCCUGGCUAUCAAGGCCCACUCGCCUGAUAAGCCUGUGAUUGUGUUUGUUGCUUCUCGAAGACAGACGAGGCUGACUGCAAGGGAUCUGAUCAACUUUUGCGGCAUGGAAGACAACCCCAGGCGAUUCGUUCGCAUGUCUGAAGAUGACUUGGCUCUCAAUCUAGCUCGUGUCAAGGAUGACGCGCUGAGAGAAGCCAUGAGCUUUGGCAUCGGUUUGCAUCACGCUGGUCUUGUUGAAUCUGACAGACAGUUGGCUGAGGAACUGUUCGCCAACAACAAAAUCCAGAUCCUCGUCGCCACGAGUACCCUCGCCUGGGGUGUCAACUUGCCAGCUCAUCUUGUGGUUGUCAAGGGUACACAGUUCUUCGACGCCAAGAUUGAAGGCUACAAGGACAUGGACCUUACCGACGUGCUGCAGAUGCUUGGUCGAGCGGGCCGACCGCAGUUCGAUACUUCAGGUAUUGCUCGAAUCUUCACUCAAGACUCGAAGAAGGCCUUCUACAAGCACUUCUUGCAUACUGGCUUUCCCGUGGAAUCGUCCUUGCACAAUGUGUUGGAUAAUCAUCUGGGAGCUGAAGUGUCGGCAGAGACGAUUGCUACCAAGCAAGAUGCGUUGGAUUACUUGACGUGGACAUUCUUCUUCCGACGACUGCAUAAGAAUCCAUCUUACUAUGGUCUUGAGAUCUCAGCGGAAGAGAACAACACCAUCGCAGCGCAGCAAGCAGCCAACGACUACAUGAUCGAGAUGGUCGACAAGUCACUCUCAGAGCUGGCAGAAUCCCAAUGCUGCAUCGUCGAACCCAACGGCAACGUCGACUCAACUCCCCUAGGCAAGAUCAUGAGCUACUACUACCUCUCCCACAAAACGAUCCGCGAACUGACAAAACACGCCACCCCCACCGCCUCCUUCGAAGACGUCCUCUCCUGGAUGUGCCGCGCAACCGAAUACGACGAACUCCCCGUUCGGCACAACGAAGACCUCAUCAACGUCGAGCUCUCCAACAACCUCCCCCUCAAAGCCGACAAACUCGACCUCCCCAUGUGGGACCCGCACGUCAAAGCCCACCUCCUCCUCCAAGCGCACUUCUCGCGCAUCGACCUCCCCAUCAGCGACUACGUCGGCGACCAGAACUCCGUCCUCGACCAAGCGAUCCGUAUCAUCCAAGCGAGCAUCGACGUCCUCACCGAGUUGGGCUACCUGCAAAGCUGCAAAAUGAUGAUGACACUCCUCCAAUGCGUCAAAUCCGCCCGCUGGCCCGACGACGGACCCCUAUCCAUCUUCCCAGGCAUCUUCCCCUCCAACGAGAAGAAACGCCUCCUCGCCAACAACCAACCUCCAACGACCCUCAUCGAAGCCACAACAUCCCCCAAACCCACCCUCGAAACCGCUUUGAAAACUCUCAACAUCCCCGCCCCCUCCCACCCCCGCAUCCUCAAAUUCCUCUCCCAACUCCCCCAGUUACGUGUCAGCGUCACGGAUAUCAACGGCCUAGCCCUCUCCAUCUCCCUCGCCCGCCUGAACCCCUCCACGGACCGCGAGCAUAGGAUCUACGCGCCGCGGUAUCCGAAGCCGCAGACGGAGGGGUUCUUCGUCGUCGUGGUUGAUACUGCGAAUGGGGAUAUCCUUGCGAUGAAGAGGGUGGGUUGGCCGGCGAAUAAGGGUGGCAGUAGCGGGAGGGGUGGUGGUGGUGUGAGCACGAAGGUUAGUGUUAAGGUGCCGGAAGCUAGCGUCGAGAGGAAGGUGAGGGUGCUGGUUGUGAGUGAUGGGUAUAUUGGGAUGGAGUGGGUUGUGGACGGGGUGGAGGUUCCCGGGACGCCGAGGGUGGUGGAUGAUGGGUUGGGGAAGAAGGGGGUGGAGUGA